AUGGCAGCCAAGGUCCCACAGCGGCAAUCGACUAGGGAACGAGAGAGGCAAGAGAGAAGGGCGAGAGGUCAGAGUGAGGGCCAGGAGAGGGUGAGAGGUCAAUGUGAGAACCAGGAGAGGGUGAGAGGUCAGAGUGAGGGCCAGGAGAGGAUGAGAGGUCAGUGUGAGGGCCGGGAGAGGAUGAGAGGUCAGAGUGAGGGCCAGAAGAGGGUGAGAGGUCAAUGUGAGAACCAGGAGAGGGUGAGAGGUCAGUGUGAGGACCAGGAGAGUGUGAGAGGUCAGAGUGAGGGCCAGGAGAGGGAGAGGGCGAGAGGUCAGUGUGAGGGCCAGGAAAGGGAGAAGGGAAGCGAGAGCAGCCAACCAGAGAGGCGUCUAGGAGAGGGUGAGAGGUCAGAGUGA